AUGGAUGAAAGUGAUAAACCCGAAACAUCAAUUUCAAAAUUACAAUCGAUAUCAAUCGAUUGGCAAUUGUUAUCUUCAAAAUUACAAUUUGUUCCAAAAGAUCAGCCAUAUUGUUGCGAAAGUCUUACAAUAACCUCAGCAAAAGAUGAUUACUCCAUCGAUAAAACAGAAAUAUCGUAUAAGAUUAUUCCCGAAAGAAAUAAUGAAAAUCAAACUACCGAUUUUGAAUUGAAAGAUGUUGAUGAGGAAACAUUAAAAAUUUGUCAAGAAACUGCAAGUAAUUGCGAAACGAUGUUGCAAUCGGUAUAUCAAUUUUUAGAAAUUCUUUCUAACAACGAACAAAUUUCCAUACCAUUGUCACAAUAUUUAGGUUUUGAUAUUAGCGAUAAGGAAAAAAGAAAUUCUAAGCUUUUAGAGAUACUAAGAUGUAUGGAAUGUAAAAAUAUUGUAAAUGAAAUUGACGAGGAUACUUCGAUGAAUGACGAAGACAACGACUCAGUAAUAAAUGAUAAUUUCAAAUCGGUUGAUGGAAAUGAACAAAAGGAAGCCAAUGAUAUCACAAUGAUGAAUAUAAAGCCAGAACCAAUAAUAAAAUCAUUUUUUGUACAAACUAAAAGAGAUAAUUUGGAUCAAACGAGUGAUCAUUUUUUAACGACAUUAACUAACAAACCAACUGAUACAAUUAAAAACGACCAAUCAAAGAAUUCUAAUACAAAAUUUUCAUCUGCACAUAUAAUUUUACCUAAUGUCGCAAUUACACAACAAACUAGUCAAUUUGAUGGAAAACCAGCUUAUAAUUGGAUGCCAUAUCCAACAUGUUUUUAUGGAUUACCACCAAAUUAUUUAAAAAUUCAAGCAGAAAAUGUUCAAGUUCUUCCACCUGAUAAUAUUAUUCCUUGGUUACCUGUACCAAGUUCGGAAGGUUCCACAAAUGUAUCUGGUAAAAAAUUACCAUAUUAUUGCACGAAUUUUCCACAACCUCCGUCAUCUUAUUCUGAAAAUAGUGAAGAAGAUUCAGAUGUAAGAAAUACAGAAAAGAGUGUAAUAAAUAAAGAUCAAACUGAACGUCGAAAAACAUGUCCUGCAAAUACGUAUUUAUGUUUAUCAAAUAAUCAAUGUAUUUUGAAUUUUACAUUAUGCAACGGUGAAAUUGAUUGUAGUGACGGUAGUGACGAGAAAUAUUGCAGUUGUACGGAUAGAAUAAUGAAAGAUCGAUUAUGCGAUGGAUACGUUGAUUGUCCUUACGGUGAAGAUGAAAUGAAUUGUUCUGAUUGUCCAAAGGAUUAUUUCAGUUGUUAUAAUACUGGAUAUGGAAAUAUACUUUCAAGAUGUAUACCAAUUGAUAAACGUUGUGACGGUACUACGAAUUGUUUAAAUGGAAAAGAUGAAGAGGAUUGUAAUUUGAUAUUACCAACGUUUAUUAAUAAUAUGAAUGUUAACGUAGUAAGUUAUACCGAAGGUUAUUUGCAUAAAAAUUACAAAGGCACAUGGUACCCCGUAGUAUCGAAAGAAAUGUCAUUUGCUGAAGAAGCUUGUAGAAAUGAAUUAAAAUUGAAAAACAUCGAUAAACCAAAACUUGAAAUCAAAAAUAUUAAUCGUAACAAUUAUCAAGGAACCUUUUUGACAAUGAUAAAUAACGAAAUUAAAAUAAUUAAUUCUUCUAUUAAUUCAAUAUACGUCAAAUAUACGAUUUUAGGAAUUGUUGGUGGUCGUACCAGUGUACCGGAAGCUUGGCCAUAUUUGAUUGCAAUGUAUAGGGAUGGCAAUUUUCAUUGUGGUGGUAUCAUCCUAAACGAAUAUUGGAUAUUAACUGCUGCUCAUUGUCUCGUUCAGGCUAAACAUUAUUACGAAAUACAAGCUGGAAUAUUACGACGUUCAUCAUUUUCACCAAUGACUCAAAAUAGAAUAGCCAAGAAUAUUAUUAUACACCCUGAUUAUGAUCCUAACCUAAUGAGAAACGAUAUUGGAUUGAUAAUGUUAGAUAAACCAUUACGUUUUAAUCGAUGGGUAAGACCAGCAUGUCUUCCAGAAGAAAAAAUAUCGGGUUCGAUUUGGAAUCAAGUACCAUCAAUUGAUACCAUGUGUGUUGUAUUGGGUUGGGGUGCUUUGAUAGAAGAUGGUCCUGAUGCUGAUCAAUUGAGAGAAGUUGGAGUACCAAUUUUGUCGAAUUGUUCUGAUACGAUAUUUGAUAGCAUAACUGAGAUCUGUGCUGGGUAUCCAAUGGGUGGUCGAGAUGCUUGUCAAGGAGACAGUGGUGGUCCUUUAUUGUGCAGGAAUCCAAAGAUGGAUUUAUCUUAUUACGUAGCUGGUAUAGUUAGUCAUGGUGAAGGUUGCGCUCGUCCAGGAAAACCUGGUAUUUAUGCCAGAGUUUCUUACUUCCUUAAUUGGAUCAAAGACAUUUCUGAAGGAAGAAUGACGAAUCGUAUUAGCGGUAUUCCUUUAGCCAAAUGUCCAGGUUUUAGUUGUAACGAUGGAAAAUGUUUACCGAGUAAUCAACAAUGUGAUCAAAAGAUAAAUUGUUUGAAUGGAGAGGAUGAAGAAAAUUGUAAUUUUUGGCUGGAUUCGAAAUUAUUCAAAAUAUUACUUCAAAACAUACAUAUAAGUAAACGAUGCGACAAAAUUAUCGAUUGCGAGGAUGGAACAGAUGAAGUCAAUUGUACAUGUAAAGAUAUUUUAUCUUUGUAUCAACCACGAGCAAUCUGUAAUGGAUACAUAGAUUGUCAAGAUAAAACCGACGAAAAUAAUUGCAAUAUAUGUACGGAUGAUGAAUUUCUUUGUAGUAGAAGUAAAACUUGUAUACCAAUGUCUAAAAAAUGUGAUAUGAAAUUCGAUUGUCCUUUGAAAGAAGAUGAAUCGGAUUGUUUAACAUUGAGUAAUGGAAAGUUUGUGAAUUUGGAUAAUGACGGGAUACCAAUUUUAAACGUCAAGGGUGUUCUUACCAGAAUUCAAUAUGGAACAUGGUAUCCUUCUUGUCAUAAUCCUGUAAAAACUCAAAAUCUGUCAACUUCUAUACUUAUUGCUGACAAUACGUGCAAAUAUUUGGGAUUUACGAAAUAUGAUAAAAUCGAAGAAGUUACGGUAUUUGAAAUUGGUAUUGAUACAAAAAUCAUAAACGGAACUGACGAAUCUUAUUACUGGCCUAUGCCGGUGUACCACGCUCCUAGCAAAGUUCUACCAACUUGUCAAGGUUUUAACAUAGGUUGCAGACCGGUUCCAAAUACUAACAUAAAUGUACAUACGAUUAUCGAUCCAGUAACCGGAAAUCGUACUUUUAUCUGGCCGUGGUUAGCUACGAUAUUUGUUGAUGGUAGUUAUCGUUGUUCAGCAAUUCUUUUAGACACUAAUUGGUUACUAUCCAGUUCAGCAUGUACCAAGAACAUCAAAUUAUCAGAAAAUUAUACGAUAGCAUUAUUGGGUUAUUCCCCAUCAUUUAUUUAUGUGGAUGGACCACAUCAACAAAUGUCGGUAGUAGAUAGUAUCAAAGUAUUAAACGAUACUGGUGCAUCUCUUAUUCAUUUGAAAACAUCAGUCAAUAUGACGCGUCAUGUGCAAGCACUGUUCCUUGAAAAAAAAAUUUAUCCACCAAGUAGUAAGGAUUAUUGCGUAGCUGUAGGAACAGAUGAUGAUUUUACAAUACAUUCGAUUACUUUAAAACCGGUAUUGAAAAAUUGUCAAAAGUGUCAACGUUGUUUUGUCAGUACACUGAAUAAUUUUUGCAAACAAAAUUACACGCCAAACAAUUGGAACGGUGUAGUAUUUUGUCGUGGAGCUAAAGGCUGGUAUCCAUCUGCAGUGUUUGAAGAAAAAAAUGCACCUUGCACAUUUCAACAAGUUCAAACUUUGCCAAGCAUCGAUUUCCUAAAUGCAUAUCUUACUCAAGCUAUGGAGGAGAAAAUACAAACAUACGAAGAAGCUGUAUGUGAUGGUUUUCGUUGUAAAAUUGGUGAAUGCGUUCCAUGGUACCGAGCAUGUAAUGGAAUUCGAGAUUGUCGAGAUGGUUCCGAUGAGAUACUUAAAAAUUGUUUAGUAUCAAGAGAAUCACGUCAAAAAGAUUCAAAUGUUAACAAAUGCACUGUAUCACAGUUACGUUGUGAAAACGGUGAGUGUAUAAAUAAAAAACACUUUUGUGAUGGAAAAAUCGAUUGCAUUGACGGUAGUGACGAAAUGGCGAAUUGCAAUUGUGCGAGUUUUUUGAAAUUGACAACGCCGAAACGUCUUUGCGAUGGUAGACGAAAUUGUUUGGAUAAAUCCGACGAAUCACCUAUGAUAUGUCCCUGCAAUGAUAACAGUUUCAGAUGUCCUGGACCAAAUGGAACUGAAAUAUGUAUACCACAAGAAUUUGUAUGCGACGAACAAAAGGAUUGUCCUGGUAAUGAAGAUGAAAGAAUAUGCAAAACAAUAAAACCAUUUAAGGAAGAUACACCUGAUAUUGGAGAAGUAAUUGAGAGAAAUUUUGGUGUCUGGCAUUCGUUGUGUUAUCCAAAUCCAAUAACCACUAACGAGGAUGCAUCAAAGAUCUGUGAAUCAUUAGGUUACGGAUCCGGUACACUAGCACCGAUACAAAACGAUACCUUACCUAUGAUUCCAAUUUACGAUGAUUUUUAUAUUGUUAGGAUAAAUUAUCAAACAUGGUACGCAAUGAGAUCUGAUAAACCUUUAAUAGAAUUGUCUAAUUCGUCACAAAAAAUUUGUCAUCGUGCAUUUGUUUCUUGUAAUUCGUAA